UUGUGCAGAGGAAGACAACACGUGCGCGCACUCAACGUGUAUUUUGGUCUGUUCUGUUUUAUUGGUUCGAUUUCUGUUGAUUUCUAUACAAUCUGUGCCAAAUUAAAGUUGAAUAAUUAUGGAAAGUGAGCAGCCAACGGCUGGGAAAUCCUCAACUUCAAUUGAAGAACCCCAAACUAUCGAAACACCCAUUGAAACGGGGAAACAUAAUGCCAUGGAAGGGGACCUAUCAACAGAUAAGGUGCAAACAACCCCCACGGCAGAAACCACAAAUGCAGUCGCAGUACCACCAGAAAUGGAGCACCAUGUGAAGAAUUCGUCAGCCAAUGGGUCAACACAAGUAAACGCAUCGGUUUCUGUUCAGGAAAAGGUUUCAGAUUCAGUUGAAAGGCUUGCAAAGGACCAACAGGUUGCGGGAAUGGAGUGCGAGACAUUGCCAGCUGAGGUGCCGUCAGGAAAUCCCGGAGGAGAGCAGGAAUCCCCUCAAGAAAUGGAUUGUGAAGCAUCCGUAGUGGAGAAAACCGUUUCACCAAUAACAACCAACAAUGCUUCGCCUACUGAAAACCCACCUAAGCAACCAAUUACCCAAGUGCAGCCCGCUCCAGAGGCUAACAAAGAUCCUCAACCAAGUGGCCUUAGUCUUUUGGCCGCCUACAGUUCCGAUGAUUCGGAUGUGGAGGAAGUUACCCCCGCCCACGAUAGUGACAACGAAGUGGUUGAAGUUCCUGUAACGGACACUGUCUCCGCCACCGCCUAUCGUCCAGUGGUGGCUGUUAGCUCGGGCGGCGAAAGCUCGGAUAGCAGUAGCAGCAGUGACUCCGAGUCCGGCUCAGAAGGAGAGUACCUGACUGUACUUCGCAAGAAGAUAGACAAGAGGAUCAACACCGUGGAGUGCGAUGAGGAUGACGAGGACUUGGAUGAAGAUGGUGCUACAUCGGGCCGACGACGUCAGCCCCCAAAAGUGCGGGGUGAAAUGCUCCUCGAUGAGCUGCCCCCAAUCCAUCAGCUGGAGAUCACUGUACCCGAGGAUGAAUGUGUUGAACUGGGCAAGGUUCAAUCCAUUGUGGAUCAGCUCGUUUUGGUUUCUGUACUGCCGAAUUCCAUGCUGUUCGAUCUGGACACUGUUCUGUUCUUGGAGAAGGGCCGCAAGGUCCUGGGAGAGGUGUUCGAUGUGUUGGGUCAGGUGGCGGAUCCAUUGUACUGCGUUCGAUUCAACAGUAACCAACAGAUCCUGGACAGGGGAAUCAAAAUUGGCGAUGUGGUGUACUGUGCUCCGAAAACCGAACACACCCAGUUUGUAAUCCUCUCCAAGCUGAUGCAAGUGCGAGGAUCGGAUGCUUCGUGGGAGCACGACGUGGAACCACCUUCACGCUAUGUAGAUUACUCGGAUGAUGACGAGGAAAGAGAAGCUAGGCAGGAGCAAAGAAAACGCCGUCAAAGAGAUCGUACGAACUCUACAGACUCGGUGGAUACAGUUACCUCGGUGGCAACAACGGCCACAGAGGCCUCCUCAGUAGCUCCUCCACCACGCCAGCGCGGACGUCGCGGACAGAGGGAGAGCUUCAGGCAGAGUCAAAGACCCACCAUUUCGCAGAACAACCAGAACCAGCCCCGAGAUGAGCAAUAUAACUACCAUCCCAGCUAUAAUCCGGGUAGCUGGCACUCCAACUACUAUCAGAACUACCAUCAAUCAGCGGCCAACUAUAACAUGCCGCCGCAGCAGCCUGGCAUGCACUUCCCAGUGCCAAAUUAUGGCUAUGGAAUGCCCUACGCCAUGCCGCCGAUGUACCCUCACAUGUACCCGCCACCACCGCCGUUCGCCCCGCCCCCACCAACCAACCAGCCGCAUCAGGGACAACCGCCACCAAGCUAGAGAGAGUGGCGAAACAAUUCUGUGAAUUAUUUUUAUUAUUCCAAUAAAAAAUCUCCUUAUUCAA